AUGAGAUUUUUAACUUGCUAUGAUAAACUAAGCUCUCUAGCUUAUUGUCUUAUCUUGUUGUAUGUUCAGCUUAUUGCCUCUAGUUCUGAUGAAGCAGAGGCUCUCCUCAAAUGGAAAGCCACCUUCCAAAAUCAAACCCAGCUGCAAAAUCUAACCUCAUGGACUUACCCUCCCAGUAAUGUCAAUUCCACCAACUCUUCUGGCAAUCCGUGCAAUAUGUGGACUGGUAUUUCAUGCAACACAGCUGGAAGUGUCAACAGGAUAAACCUUACCAAUUCUGGUUUACAAGGUACAUUACACGAAUUCGCUUUCUCGUCUUUCCCUAAUCUUGAAUAUCUUGACCUCAGCAUCAAUAAAUUCUUGGGUUUCAUCCCACCUCAAAUCAGUUCCCUCUCCAAACUCAUUCACCUUGAUCUCUCUUCUAAUCAGUUUUCUGGGAAAAUCCCAUCAGAAAUCGGUCUCCUUACAAAUCUUAAGUUCCUGAAACUACAUGAAAAUAAGUUAAAUGGCUCAAUUCCUCAAGAACUUGGCCAGCUUAACUUUCUUAAUGAACUUGCCAUGUCCACCAAUAAUCUAGAGGGCUUAGUUCCUGCUUCUCUGGGUAGUAUGAGUUACCUGACUUCUCUGCAUCUUUAUGACAAUCACCUUUCUGGUUCCAUUCCUCCAGAACUUGGAAAUCUUUCUAAUUUGGUUGAACUCUACAUGGACACCAACAAUUUCACCGGUCCUAUUCCUCGAACUUUUGGAAACUUAAAAAAGCUGACCAUGUUGCAUUUGUUCAACAAUCAACUUUCUGGUUCUAUCCCUUCAGAAAUAGGAAAUUUGAAGCCUCUAAUAGAAUUACUCUUAUAUAGAAACAAUCUUUCUGGUUCAAUCCCAACACAUUUAGGUUAUCUGGCAAACCUUACCCUUCUCUUUCUCGAUGAAAAUAAGCUUUCCGGUACAAUUCCUAAAGAGAUAGGGAACCUGAAAUCUGUUCUGGAAGUACACUUGAGCAAAAACUACUUAACAGGUCCUAUCCCUCCAAUUUUUGGUAACUUAAGAAAGCUAAAAGUGCUAUACUUGUUCGACUGUCAACUUUCUGGUAUCAUACCUUCAGAAAUAGGAAACUUGAAGUCUCUAGUAGAAUUAUUCCUUUACAGGAACAAUCUUUCUGGUUCAAUCCCGGCAUGGAUUGGUGAUAUGAGAAAUCUUACACAUGUCAAUCUGUUUGGAAAUAAACUUUCCGGGGCUAUUCCUAAAGAGGUUGGGAACUUGAAAUCUAUGGUGGAUCUAGACUUGAGCCAGAAUCAACUCAACGGUUCAAUUCCCACUUCAUUUGGUGGUUUGAGAAACUUGGAAGUCUUAUCCCUCCGUGACAACCAACUCUCUGGUUCAGUCCCCCAAGAGAUAGAAAAUCUAGUGAAGUUGACUCUGUUGUAUUUAGAUACUAACCAGUUUUCUGGUUAUUUGCCCCAAAAUAUUUGCCAAGGUGGAUCACUCACAGAAUUUACAGCAAACAACAACCAUUUUGUUGGUCCAAUCCCCAAAAGCUUAAAAACCUGCACCACCUUAUCCUUUGUCCGCCUUAGUUGGAACCAGUUGACAGGCAAUAUAUCUGAAGACCUUGGUGUUUAUCCGAAUCUUCAAUCUAUGGAUCUAAGCCAUAAUAACUUAAAUGGUGAAAUCUCACACAAAUGGGGACAAUGUGCACAAUUAACAACCCUACUAAUUGCAGGAAACAACCUUACCGGCAGUAUACCACCUGAGAUUGGCAAUGCAACCCUAAUUCAUGAACUUGAUAUUUCUUCAAAUAGUUUAGUUGGGAUGAUCCCAAAAGAAUUUUGGAGACUGACUUCUUUGGUGAAGCUGAUGUUGCAGGGGAAUCAACUUUCAGGUCGUAUACCUUCCGAAUUCGGAUCACUGAUUGAUCUCGAAUAUCUUGACCUAUCCACAAACAAGUUCGAUGGGUCAAUACCUAGCACUAUAAGUGACUUGUACAGAUUACACUACCUGAAUUUGAGCAACAACAAGUUUAGUCAAGGAAUUCCUUUUCAGUUGGGAAAGCUAGUUCACUUGUCCCAACUAGAUUUAAGUCAUAACUUGCUUGAAGGUAAGAUACCUUCAGAAAUAAGCAACAUGGAGAGUUUGGAGAUGCUCAACCUUUCCCACAAUAAUCUUUCUGGCUUUAUUCCAAUGAGUUUUGAAGACAUGAUGGGUUGUCGUAUGUUGACAUAUCCUACAAUGACUUGGAGGGUCCCCUGCCCAACAGCAGUGCAUUUCGGAAUGCUCUUCCGGAAGCAUUGCUGGGGAACAAAGGACUGUGCGGCAACAUUGGAGCUCUGA